CGCUCUUGACGCUACCGAAGGGGGUGGAGAUGUUAUUGUAGUUUAAAUGAUUAAUCUUUUUAUAACAUUUAAGCAUUACUGAAGGCUUUUUCAUCCUAAACGCUAACCUCAGAAUUCUGGGCUAAGAUACGUUUUCAGAAAAUCAUCUUAGAAUGAAGGGAGAAGGCCUUUUGACAAUGCCUCGCCCUCUGAAGCCCAGAGUCCUGCUGUGGGCAGACCUCAGCUACGCCGACAUGGAGGAGGUGGAGGCGGCGCAGACGACAGAGGAGCUGCAGAGAGCGCUGGGCAGGGCGCUGGCUCUGCAGCUGUCCCGGCCCAGUGACAGCAUCCUGGCCGACAUGUACCUGUACGCUGUGCUGUUCUGCAGAGAGAGGCAGUUUAACAGGGAACAGACCUCAGUGCUGGUGUCCAUCGUCAGAGCCCUGCACCUCGCCAAUACUGGGACGCCCCUCAACAACAUGGAGUACUGCUUCAACUACUUCACUGAGCUGGUCCUGUGCCACUGCGUCAGGCGCCCUCCCUUCAGUAUUGACCUCUUCAGCCCAGAGCAGGCCACACAGAUCACAGAGUACCUCGUCAACACCUACUUCAGGCACUACGCCCUGUACAAGUACACCUUCACUCCCCAGGUGAGACUGGACCUCUCUCUGACCUACUGCGGGAUGCCUGAGGCCGAGGCAGUGGACAGUGACUCCCUGGAGCCAGGGCCAGGGACUGACGAAGAGAAGGAGACAGCCACAGAGGUCCUGGAAUCAACUGCUCACGACGAGGAGAUAAAAGACACAGAGGUGGACCAUACAGGCCCCACCCCCUGGGCGGAGCUGAGCCAGAUUGUGCAGAGAGAGCUGAGCUCGGAGGUGAGACGGGUGCAGACCGUGCUGGAGCAGCAGCUGAGGGAGAGCACACAGAGGUUGGACAGCAGACUCAGCUCGGUGGAGACGCGCCGCGACAAGAAGAAGUAAAACCCAGUGCUGCUGCCCUAUUGCAAUAUUAAAAUAUCUGUUCCAUUGAA